UUCGAUUUUCUCAAGCAACAUGGUUGCAUUGCCCCCCGAAGCGCGACAGCAGGAACUCGAGGCAGCGCAGGCUGCACUUCUAGAAAGGUUGCGCCGCGACAUUGACUACAUCCGCAUGCAGGUCGAGCAGCCGUUCAUUCGGCAGUCCAUUGCCGUGACCAACACCACGUCUGAUGGAAUUCCAGAAUAUCUCCGACUUCGCAUGGAGGAAGCGCGAAAAGACGACGAUACGUAUGAUCAAUACGUUCGUGACGCAGUUAUGCACAACCAUCACGCCCACCGAUUCAAGCUCCAAAUGGAUUCUCCAUUUGCGUCGUUGCCAACAUUAUGCCGUCGAUUCACAUUGAUCGAGCUUCUUGGAGUGAGCUCGUCGGGAAUCGAGGUGUGGAAGGCCAUGGACUUGCAUCUGACGAAGGACGUGACGCUCAAAGUGUCGGCGGACACACACAUGAUCACAUACGACUACAAAGCGUUGGCGAAAAUCGACGUCCACGACGCGGUAGUCGGCAUGUCACGCGAUGGACUCCUCCAUGACACGUUCCAAGGCCAGCGGUAUUCCAUGUACGCGCUGCAGUUCAUGCAAGACGACCUCCAGUCCAUCCUCCACCGCCGGCGCGACGGCCGCCUCCCCCCCGUCGUCGCCCACGCGGUGGCCUUCCAAGUCGCGAAAUGCAUCCAACACUUGUGCAUUGAUGCCCGCGUGGCGCACUGCGACCUCCGUCCGUCCAACAUCCUCGUCACGCGGCCGUGGAAUGUCGCCGUGACCAACUUCAAGUCGUCGCGCAGCCGGCGGGAACUCCUGCCGACGAUUCCCCAUCACAAAGUGAAGGAGAUGGAUGCGUCGAGCGUGCUGUACGCCGCGCCCGAGACGUUCAACUGCCUCGAGGCGCUGGGUAACACAGUCACAUGCGACGCCACCGACGUCUGGGCCCUCGGCGUGCUCUACUUUGUCAUGCUGUACGGGCACCAUCCGCUGGCGCCGGGGCUGGUGGUGCUGGACGACGCGAUGAAGCUGCCGUUCGUGGAGCAUCUGCGCAAGUACGACGGCACGGUCGUGUUUCCAGCUACUCCUGUCGUCCCCCCCAUUGUCCAAGUACGAGUACUUGUUGACAUGUUGAAGUGUUGACAUGUGACGUGGCAGCGUGUGAUUCAAGCGUGUUUGCACCGCGACCCGAGCCAGCGCAUGCCGUCCGACAGCCUCGUCACCAGUGGGUUUUUCCCAGCGGUGGUCAAUUGACACACGCUGGGGUGUGGAUGCACUUGAAUGUAUGGUAUGAAUACAACAUCCUUCGGUGUGUGCAGGUUUGUCCAAAUCUACGAUUAUCCGGAGUAAACAUAUAAUAUUAAUACAUGACGAUAUACUAAUUC